AUGGCUAUCCCAACGACAUGCAGGGCAGCGGUGGUAGAGAAUGAAGGUGCCGACUUUUCUAUCAAGAUUGACGAUGUGAAAGUUCCGAAACCUGGUCCCGGUGAGGUCCUUGUCCGGCUCAGAACAAGCGGGCUGUGCUAUUCGGACCUGCACUACAUGCUGAAUGACACUGCUGCACCACGCAUGAGCUCAUUUGGCGUAACAACUGCUGGGCAUGAAGGGUGCGGUGUAGUUGUGGAAGUUGGUCCUCAGGUGGACAACUUCAAUAUCGGAGACCGGGCGGGUGUUAAGCCCAUUUGGAGCACCUGCGGCACCUGCGAGCUCUGUUUGGGAGACAUGGAGACACAUUGCCCAAAGAAGCUAAAUACGGGCCUUGCAGUUACUGGAACCUUCCAGCAUUACAUCCUUGCCGAUGCGAGACACGCCAUCCCGAUUCCGGAUGGCAUUCCGGACGACCUGGCUGCUACACUCAUGUGUAGCGGUGCGACCGCCUAUCGCUCUGUGAAGUCGGCCGAUCUACCGCCUGGGUCAGACGUGGUUAUCCUCGGAGGCGGUGGAGGAGUUGGCGUGCAGGUUGUCCAAAUUGCGAAGGCCCUCGGAUUUCGGCCGAUAGUAGUAGACGUCGGAGACGCGAAGCGUGAACUGUCACUACGUAUGGGAGCUGACAGCUUUGUCGACAUCCAGAAGACGAACAACGCCAUCGCAGAAGUUUUGCGAUUGACCAACGGCGGUGCCCGUGGUGUUUUUGUUACAGCACCGCCAGCAUACAAUACUGCACUUGACUACGUAGGCAACCGGGUUGGGGCAGUUGUUAUGUGUAUUGGCUUACCAGCUACUGGCUCUGGCCAUAACAUCUUGGCGAACCCCAGCUCCCUGGUUUUGAAACAUUUAACGAUAAAGGGUUCAUUAGUUGGGACCAGGGAGGACACGAACUCAGUAUUGAAGCUGGCACAACGUGGCUUAAUUAAAAAGAACUGUCAGGUGGUUGCUUUUAACAAGUUGCCACAUAUGGUAGGGUUAAUGAAGGAAGGGAAAACUAUGUAUAAGAUAGUAGUAGAUUAUGACCUUGAAAUAUAA